AUGGCACUUGUGGCUGCAGGGCCGACAAGGGCGCUGCACACGGUGCUGCAAGCACGAAAAUAUGGGGAUCGCUCGCACAGCUUGCGAUGGAAGUCGUCACUUCUGAGGCAGAUGCCCUGGGCCGUCGUUUGCUUUUCUUCAAGAAGUUUGGUGCGAUGCUUUACAAGCAGAAGAGGAGAAGUUCCUGCGCCGAAGCGUGCUUCCAGACCUCCCCAGGUCCACACGGAUGCAUUCCCCACGCCUAUGGAGGUCUCAAUGCAAACUCUGGCAGUCGUCCGAUCUCCGUACAAGGAGCGCUUCGGAUGUCCACGACAGCCGACGGUCACAGAAGGAGUUUUAGGUGGAGAAGCUGGUGCUGGCUUUCUUGAGCUUGUUCCCAGCGAUCAAAAUCCGGAGGAGAAACUUCGAAUGGCCCUACGCGAGCUUUCCGGCUUCGAGUUCAUUUGGGUUAUCAGCUAUCUGCACAUGAACGAAGGUUGGUCAGCAAGCGUCACACCGCCCAGAGGGCCACGCCGAAAACGCGGACUUUUUGCGACACGAGCUCCACACCGACCGAACCACAUUGGUCUUUCGGCAUGUCGAUUGCUUGGGGUGGACGCAGCCAAACUGCAAGUUUCCGUUCACGGCCUGGACUUGCUCGAUGGAACACCGGUCCUUGACAUCAAGCCCUACGUCCCCUAUUGUGAUAGCUUUGCAGGCGCCAGAGCAGGAUGGUUGGAGGAGAUCGAUGAGGCCAACGGACGCGACCACCUCGCCUACUGGCCGCCGCCUCCGCCAUGCCGUCAAGUGUUAACAACAGCACAUCGCCGACCCCCGCCGACCUUAUUGUGA